AUGUACGGCAAACGCGCAACGCGCGCCCUUCAUUCCAACGUCCGGCAGUUCUCCACUACAAGCAGACUCCAAGCGUCAUCGGGACUUGAAAUCAACGGCGAGAGGUUAUGGAAUACAUUGCACAAUACCUGUGAAUGGGGAGCCACACAUCGAUAUGGCGAGAAAUCCACAGACACGGGCAUGGCCCGUUUGACGCUUACCGAUGACGAUGCUCGUGUGCGCAAGUGGUUUGCCGCAGAAGUUCAAAAGCUAGGCUGCUCUCUAUCUAUCGACCAAAUGGGCAACAUGUUCGCGAGGCAGUCUGGUCGACUCAACUCGGCUGCUCCAAUGAUCGCGAUGGGAAGCCAUCUUGACACCCAGCCUCGAGGUGGCAGGUAUGAUGGUAUUCUCGGCGUAAUGGCCGCCCUGGAGGUCCUCCGUACAAUGAAGGAAAACGACUUCCAGACAAACUAUGACGUUGGGGUGGUGAACUGGACCAACGAGGAAGGUGCACGAUUUCCGAAGUCCAUGUGCUCAUCUGGUGUUUGGGCUGGUGCUAUCCCCAUACAAACGGCCUGGAAUCUGCGUGAUAUUCAUGAUUCCAAUGUGACCCUCCGCUCCGAGCUCGAAAGGCACGGAUACCUGGGCGACAUUGCUUGCUCCAGCGAUCCCGCAACCGGAUACCCGCUUGGUGCCCAUUUCGAGUUACAUAUCGAGCAAGGUCCGAUUCUCCCAGAGAAUAACCGAUCCAUUGGUGUUGUUCGUGGAGCCCAGGGAUACCGCUGGAUGACUAUGACAGUACACGGGAAAGACGCCCAUACUGGAACCACACCGUUCAGCGCUCGUCAGGACCCCUUGCUUGCAUCCUCAAGGAUGAUUGCGGCUUCACAUGAUAUUGCCAAGAAACAUGAUGCCCUGGCAUCUACAGGCAUUAUCAAGGUUCCAUCCAAUGCAUCCACUAACACCGUUUCAUCACAAGUGACCUUUACACUUGACAUACGACACCCACAAGAUAGUGUGGUUCACACUGUGCAAGAGGAAUGUCUCAAGGCGUUUGAUUACAUCGCAUCCCAGGAUGGGAAGGGUGUGUCCUUUGAUUGGACUCUGGAUACGGACUCUCCCGCCGUCAAGUUCGAUGAUGACUGUGUGGCUUCCAUCCAGGCAGCUGCAGAUCAGCUGGUUGGUCGGGAGCAAUCGAUGCUCAUGACCAGUGGCGCGGGCCAUGAUACCGUGUAUACUAGUCAACAUUGUCCCUCAGCGAUGAUCUUUGUCCCUUGCCGAGAUGGCGUCAGUCAUCACCCGACGGAGUACUGUAGCCCACAGGAUUGUGCUCUCGGUACCCAGGCUCUUCUGGAAGCUGUUGUACACUACGAUCAGUUCCAGGCCAGCAAGCAACAAUAA